CUAGUUUUACCAUUAUCAGUUCAAUUGUUUAAUGAAAAAGUUGUGAAAAAUUAUGUAAAAUGAGAAAAAUAAAGUUUUUAAAAUUUUUGACACUUUUGUCAAUCUUAACCUCAAAAGCAUCAGCUGUGGAUGAUUCAAUCAUAGCAUGCGAGCUAGACAACAAUGACUACAUCUGCAAAUUCUUCAACUUUAACAUCACAUCGAGUAAUUAUCAAUUCAAACCAACAAUAACGCACACUAUUGGCCACACAAACAGCAACGUCCAAAAAGUUUCAGCCACAAAAUCUCAAACAAUAUCAAAUUUUCCAAUUGAAAUCUUCCAGACCUUCCCAAAUGUCCAGUAUGUCGAAAUGAUUUUUGUCAAAAUGACUGAAUUGGAUAAAAAUUUCAUAAAUUGCGACAAAAUUGAGUGGCUUGACUUGCAGCAUAAUGAUUUGGACAAAAUAUCCAGUGGGACUUUGCGAAACUGCCAAAAUCUUGUCGGGAUAAAGUUUGGGUUCAAUAAAAUCUCUGUCAUCAGUGAGGAUGCCUUCUAUGGACUUCCAAAAAUCAAAACUCUUGAAUUUGACAAUAAUUUACUUGUUGACAUUCCUGAAAAAUUGUUUGUCGAGUCAGUUGAUUUGGAUCAUUUGAGGUUAAAUGUGAAUUUAUUAAGAACAAUCCCAGACAAGUUGUUGGUCAAUAAUGCAAAGCUGAUAAUCUUUCCGAUGGAAAAUAAUCCAACUUUAAAUGGAAUUUUACCUCCGAACUUUAUGGCAAAUAAGCGAAAUCUUCAACAUAUGUUCAUUGAGAAUAUAUCGCUAAUUGACUUCCCGGACGGAAUAUUCACCAACACAACUAACUUAAGGACCCUUCAAGUAAGCAGCAACAAGAUUGUAAGAAUCAAAAAUAGCGUAUUUGAUGACUUGCAGAAAUUAGACAAAUUGGAACUUCAGAAAAAUUUGAUUGAAAUUAUCGAAAAUGAUGCAUUUUUGGGGCUGCAAAGUUUAAAGGUUUUAAAACUUAAUGAUAAUAAGUUGAGGUUCUUGAAUAUUGAAGCAUUUAAGGAUGUCCAAAAGCUAGAAGACCUUGAUGUGAGCCACAAUCAAAUUGGAGUCUUGAAGUUCGAUGGAUUGGCAAGUUUGACCAGAUUGAUUGCUUCUAAUAACUUUUUGAUAGAAAUUGAGGUUCAAAGUUUUAUGGAACUAAAGAAUCUUGAGGUUUUGGACUUGAGAUACAAUUUUAUAGAAUCUGUGGCUGAAUAUUCAUUCAAAAACCUCACAAACUUGACUAAUCUUUUGCUAGACUUUAAUUCAAUCAAAAUUCUGUUCAAAAACGCAUUUUCCGGCCUGGAAAACUUGAAAAAUCUGUCAAUUUCCAACAACAACUUGCAAGUCCUUGAAAAUCGAAUUUUUGAGCCAAUUUUGAGGUUAGAAAAUUUGAAUUUAUCAACAAAUGGACUGACUUCAUUCAGUAGUGCAAAGUUUGGAUAUGUCACAGACCUUGAAAUCCUCGACAUAUCCAAAAAUAAUAUUGAGGUUAUGUCAACAAACUUUACAUCCUUCUUCCCGUCAUCCACAGCGAUCAACAUGGACUGCUUAAAUUCAGCAACUUGUCGUGAAAAUCCGAAAAUUUCAUGUUUUUUUCAAUAUUUUUCAAACUCAAUUUACGAGUGUGUUGUAAGGCAGGCAUUGGUGUUGGACCCAUUGGUUGACUAUUUUAUAGAUGGAAUUCACAUUGGCAAUGAUGAUUCUAGGGAUGUGAAAGCUAUUUCAGCUAGGUCUGACUCACAUUUCGAAUUUUUGCCUGCUGUGAUUUUUAUUGAGUUUCCUAACCUCCAAAUUUUGAAUGUUGUGCGAGUCAAAAUGACAUUUUUGGAGGAAUUUUUUAAUUGUCGUGAUAUUAGGGUUGUCAACUUGGAGGGGAAUUUGAUAUCGAGUGUCUUUAAAGAGCUUUUUGAGGAUUGUACAAAGAUUGAGGUUCUGAAUUUUGAGAAUAAUUUGAUUUUUAAGCUUUCUGGAGAUUCAUUCAGUAAACUGCCAAAUUUGAGUAAUUUAAGCCUAGCUGAAAAUGACAUCCAAAUGUUGUACUCGAAUAUUUUUGAUGAAAAUAAAAAUUUGGAAGUUUUGAGGUUAAAUUCGAAUAAAAUUGCUGAAUUAGAUGAGAAAAUCUUUAGUUUUUUGAGGAAUUUAAGGAUUUUGACGAUCCACACGAACUUAAUUUUUGAAUUGAAGGAAAAUUUGUUGUCAAAGUUGAUAAAUCUUGAGGAAUUCGAGAUGCAAAACUUAAAAUUAAACUCAACAAUUUCGGUGAAAAUGUUCGAAAAUAAUUUAUAUUUGAAAAAAUUGAUCAUGAUGAAAAAUAAUUUGACGAAAAUUGAGGAAAAAUUAUUUGAAAAUCUUGAAUUUUUGGAAAUUUUGGACCUUCGAGACUGCGAAAUUGGAAUAAUUCAUGAAAAUUCUUUCACAAAUUUGAGAAAUUUAAAGUUUCUGUUUCUGCAAAAUAUUUAUUUAAUUGAAAAUUUUGAUGGAAAAUUGACGGAAAAUCUGCAAAAUUUAGUCAAAUUAUUUUUAACCGACAACAAAAUUUCAAAAUUUGACGAAAAUUUACUCAAAUAUUCAAAAAAUCUUCUCGAAUUCCACGCAAACGAGAAUUUAAUAACUGAAAUUCCAGAAAAUUUACUUGAAAACUGCACAAAUUUGGAAAUUUUAAAUUUCGAACAAAAUCAAAUUUCAAACUUAACCUCAAAAUCUUUUGGUUACCUCAAAAAUGUCAAAACUCUCAACUUUAAUUACAACAAAAUUUCAAUAAUUGACCAAAAAAUCUUCGAAAACUUAACAAAUCUUGAAAACCUUCAACUUCACGACAACAAAAUUCAAAAAUUACCCCCAAAAACAUUUGAAAAUCUAAAAAAAUUGUCAAAAAUCGACUUUUCCAGAAACAAGUUAACUUCAAUCAAAGCCGAAUCUUUUCAAUCUUUUAACAGCUUUCACUUUGAGAAUUUAGAAGAAAUUUUGUUGUCUAAAAACUCAAUUCAAUCAAUCGAGGCUCAAAGCUUCAUAUUAAUCCCGAAUUUAAAGGUUCUAGAGCUUCAAUACAAUCAAAUUAAGACAUUCUCAGCAUCCAUGUUCAUCGACUAUUCUCAAUAUCCCCAAUUUAGCGGAUUUAUCAACAUAAUUGACGUCAGUUACAAUUUAAUCAAUAAAAUUUCAUCCGAUUUCUUCGAAAAAGUCUUUCCUUGGAACUUCCUGGCUACUGGGAAUGUGUGCAUUAAUAAUGACUAUAAAGAAGCUUAUUUCAAUGUUUCUAAGGACUUUGAGAAGUGCAAGGCUGUUAUUUUGGAUUGCCGAGUUACUAGCUUUGAUGCUAGUCAAGAUUUGUUCAAUUCCAGUGACUCCCAAAACGUAACAGACUCAAAGUGCAUCAUGGAGUACCUUAAAAUCACCCAAAACCAACAACAAUUCGAUUUUGAGGUUAAAGUUGAUGAAAUUCCAAAAGAAAACAUCAAAAUUGUUGAAUUUGCAUACACAAAUAUUUCAUUUAUCCCGCCAAUUCUGUUCCAAGACCUGCCUAACCUCAAAAUUUUGACCGCCAAAAAUGUUUAUUUGACAAAAUUAAACAAACUCGAAAAAUGUGGGAAUUUAAGUUAUUUAAAUUUGGAUGAUAAUUUUGGGAUUGACUUAGGUGAUCGAAAUUUUGAGAAUUGUACGAAUUUAAAGGGGUUGUCCGUCAGUAACGUCAAUUUAAAAACAGUUAAGAUUACAGCAUUUUUUAAGCUCAAUAAUCUCAAAGAAUUAAGAUUAGAAAAUUCAAGAUUUACAAAAUUGAAUUUUUAUCUUCCAAGUUCUUUAGAAAUUUUGAGGUUAUCUUUGAAUUUAUUGACGAUUGAUGCUGGAACUUUUGAGAAUUUAGUUAAGUUAAAGGAAGUUUACAUCAAUGACUAUUUGAGUAUUGAGAAUAAUGAAAAUUUUGACAAAAAUUCAGUUUAUUUUCUGGAAAACUUAGAAGUUCUUGACAUCUCAAAUCGAGGCAUAACUGCUGAAAAUUUCCCAAAUUUUCAAAAUUCCAAAAAUAACCUCAAAAUUUUGAAAUCAAAUAAAAAUAAUCUGCAAGACAUAAAUGAUCAAAUUUUCAAAAAUCUCACAAAUUUGCUAGAAAUUCAUUUGGAAAAUUGCAAUAUUUUGCACUUGCCUGACUUUAUAUUCCAAAAUACACCAAACAUUGAGGUUAUUAAUUUUCAAAACUUAGUCAUCGGUGCUGGAAACCUCAAUAAAAUCAGCAACUUACCUUCAAAAUUAUUUUAUAACCUAAAAAACUUAAAAAUCCUUCAAUUUGACUUAAAUUUGAUAACAAAACUUUCAGAAAAUAAUUUUGAAACACUUGAAAAAUUGCAAAUGCUGUCGCUUGCUUCGAAUAGAAUCACAGAAAUUGAGAAAAAUGCUUUUGUUGGUCUUAAAAGUCUAGAAAAUUUAGACAUAAGCUUGAAUUUACUGUCCAAAGACCUUAAUUUUGAUGUCUUUGUGGGUUUGAAGAAUUUAAAGCAUCUUAACCUCAAAAGUUGCAACCUCAAAAUCCUUCCAAGCAGCAUAAUUAAUCUGGAAAGCCUAGAAGUCCUGGAUGUAAGCAGAAACUACCUGACAAGCUUGCUAUUCUCACCAGAUUAUCCAAAUUUGAUCAACAUUGACUUCAGCCACAAUCAAAUUUCAACAAUUAGUCCCAGAUUUUUUCAUGCAGUCUCUAAUGCUUCAAUUUUUGGUUCCUCAAACCUUUGCACUCAAGCCUCAAUACCGCAAGUCAACCUUAAAGCUCAUUUCACUCAAUGCUUUCAAAACUUUGACACUUUUAACUUUUGUGACCUCGAAAAACAUGAAAAAUUUGGUCUAAGUUGCAAAAUAUCAAACAAUAGCUUGGCAAGUUUGGCAUCUAAAAGUGAGGUUAUGUCAAUUUACAACAAGAAUAAGCCAUUGAACCUUGAAGUCUAUUCAAUUUUUGAGGUUUAUGGAAAUUUGUCGACUUUAAACCUUUGGAAAUCUUCAAUUACAAACAUAAAUGGAAUCAAGAAUUGCAUAAACCUCAAAAACUUUGACUUAAGGUUGAAUUUGAUUGAAAAUUUGCAUGAAAAAAUGUUGAAAAAUUGUGAAAAUUUAGAAAAUUUAAUUUUUGUUAAAAACCAAAUUUCAUUUGUUGAUAAAAGUGCAUUUUUUGGUUUGAAAAGUUUGAAAUUAUUAGACUUAAGUUGCAAUUUAAUUGAUCAUUUAAAUAAUGACACAUUUAUUGAGAAUUUUAGGAUUCAAAAGCUAGUUUUGAGUCACAACCGAAUUUCGAACAUUGAUUCUGGAUUAUUUAUGAAUUUAAAGGUCCUUAAAGUCUUGAAACUUGACAAUAAUUUGCUGACCGAACUGAAUGAUCCAAAAAUUCUAGAAAAUCAAUCUCAACUCAAUGAAUUGUUCCUGAAUUCCAAUAAGUUGACUAAAGUUGAUCCUAAAAUAUUCCAAAAUUUGAACAAUCUAGAAUAUUUAAACAUCGAAAUUAACAACUUAACAGAAAUCAACUUAACAAUAUUAAAAUCAAAUUGUUUGGACUACUUGGACAUUUCCUUUAACAAUUUGUCGACCAUUUUGAUAGAUUUUACCAAAUUUAAAUACUUAAGAACUUUUAUAGUUGAGAAAAACUCUUGCAUUGAUCGGAAUUUUAAUAUAAGUGACGGCAAAGUUGAAAAUGCUUUAAAAAAUUGUCAAAAUAAUUUUGUACCAAAAGAUGAAUUUUGA